UAGGCGUGGCCGUGUAUGCCUAGCUCAGUGCAAGUACAAGUUAGGUGGCCUCGGUUGCCUGUGCACAGCUGCAGGGGCUGUGUUUGCUGUUGUGUUGCUGCACGUACAGGAAGGAUUGGGGACAAGGGAUCGGCACAUGAGUAUGUCCGUCCUGCUGUCUCAGGCUGUCCCCAGCAGCACGUCAGGCAGUAUGGAGUCCCAGGAUAAGGAAACAUGCAUUGGACUAAACAAUCAGAGUUACAUUUGUGAAACGGGUCACUGCUGUGGACAAUCCCAGUGCUGCAACUACUACUAUGAGCUAUGGUGGUUUUGGCUGGUGUGGACGAUAAUAAUUAUACUCAGCUGCUGUUGUGUUUGUCAUCAUCGGCGAGCCAAGCACCGUCUUCAGGCACAGCAACGGCAACACGAGAUCAACCUCAUAGCUUACCGCGAAGCGCACAGCUACUCUUCUGUGCCAUUUUACUUCCGGUUUUUGCCAAACUAUUUGCUACCUCCUUAUGAAGAAGUGGUGAACAGACCUCCAACUCCUCCUCCUCCAUACACUGUCUUACAUCAGCAGUGCAUUGCAGCAUGUUCUAGUGCUGUAGCCAUUGAACCCGUUCGAACCGGGCAGCACAGCCAAACAAGUUCUCCAGCUGCAGCAAGUUGUAGUGAAACUCGACCCCCGAGUAUCGUAGAUUGCGAACCUUCAACAACUUGUUCAGAGAGGGUGGCAUUCAAACCAAGCGGCCUUGAGUCUAACGACCCAACCAGUGGUGCUGAGCUGGAUGAGAUGGCAGAUCAAGUGUCCUUCUUAGACAAGGAGUCAAAAGAAUUCUUAAAGGACUACAGCUCUGAAAGCUUUGAUCAGAACGGUUUCUUUGAUGGCAAAGACAAAACACCCGGCAGACACCGAAGAUUUACCGGUGACUCGGGCAUUGAAGUAUGUCUGUGCAGUCGGGGCCAUCAUUAUGACUUUAAAGAACUCGAUGGUUUAAUUGAUGACACAGGUGAAAACUUCUGUGACACCUGCACGUCAUGCGACGCUCACCCCCACAGAGACGAAGAAGAAGGGAUAUUUGAUCAUGCAGAGGUCUCUCGAGAUCUGGAUCAUCCACGACAGCCUUUGAGCUUGCUGAAUACCAUCAAUGAGCAAGACUCGCCAAAUUCUCACAACAGCAGUAGCUCCCGUGGCUAAGGGAUAAUCCGUUCAUGCUGAACAGCAUCAAUGAAUGAUCCCGUACCACAUCCUUCUUUUUUUCUUUUCUUUUUUUUUUCCAUUGUCCUGUUAACAAAAAAACACAAAAAACUUGGUAAAGAUUCUACCGAAGCUGGAGAGAAGACAACAUUAAGUACAUACCCAAUGCUUUAACUGAUGCCUUUCCUAGACAGAGCUUUGGUAUGGAUGACUUUGGUGAUGGAAUAGUAGGACAAUAAAAGCAGAAGCUGGAGCUU